CACCAGGUCGCAGCAGCGCUGACGCAGCAGAAGACGGCGUCGGGGCAUGAACUAGUACUAAAUAUGCUACUCUCAAUCCUCUAUGGAAUCAGACGCUAAUUCUUGAAAAUGUUGCAUUGCCUGGAGAUUCUGAGGAAUAUUACCAAAAAAAUCCUCCGUACCUAUUUAUUGAAUUAUUGGAUGAGGAUAAAUCGAAUCAACACGAAUACAUGGGAUGUCUCCUUACAAAAGUGGCAAUGCUUCCGUCGACCUUACAACCUGAAAAGUCGGUUCGAAAGAAUGUCAAGAUACUCAGAGAAGUGAACUCUGAGGACUCUGAGGACUCUUCGUUUCGUUUUAAUGAAUAUGAUCGAGCAUUAGGGCAAAUAGACGCACCAAAUAUCGAGACAUAUGAUGCAAUUAAUGAAAUACAGUUGCGUUGGCUUCCUGUCUUUAGGUCACCGAGUGAACAUAUUGCCGAUAUUAAUGCCGCCUUUGAAAUGCGUCGGGUUUGAGGUGAUGUUCUGGGGAAUUCGCGAUCUCCGGCCAACAUUUCUCACAUCUCUUCGAAGUCCCAUCGUAGUUCUGGAAUGUAGUGGUUACGAAUUACGUUCGUCGCAUUUGCCUUAUACGCAAACUAAUUUC